GUCGGGCAGCAAUGGCUGCUGGGAAACAUCAUUCUGUCAGUUGUGUCAGUCAGCCACUGCUAUCAAAACAGUGCGCUAAACCAGUCCGCUACCUGACUUCUCGGCAAGAAUUAAGCGAAGUCAUUGGACACGUUACGGGCGGAUGUAUGUGGAGUGUAGGUGGCUGUGGUAGUUUGAAAAAGUAUCACCGUUCAUGAGGAAAAAAUCAAAACAGUUGGAAAUGUUACCCGGGCCCGCAGCAGCCAGCGGCGGACUCAUGCACAAGCGUUGACUAGAUCCCAGUAAACAUGCACUGCAGUGGCCAACUCUCGAAUCACCCGUCCACGUUUGACAGUGAGGAUGAUCAGAUUGAUGGGGCAGUGCGUAGCUUCAACCAUGAACACAUGAGGAAAGCUUUCUGCCUCAUGAAUGACCUGCGCAGCAGGAGGCAGCUGUGUGAUGUCCUCUUGGUGGCAGGGGAGGUGGAGGUCCCGGCCCACAAGGUGGUGUUAGCUUCCUGCAGUCCUUACUUCUGUGCCAUGUUUACAGGGGACAUGAGUGAGAGUAAGGCCCAGCGGGUGGAGAUUCGGGAUGUGGAUGGACUCACUCUCAGCUGCCUAGUAGAGUACAUCUACACAGCUGAGGUCCAGGUGUCUGAAGAUAACGUGCAGGUUCUCCUGCCUGCUGCUAGCCUGCUGCAGCUGAUGGAUGUGCGUCAGGUGUGCUGUGAGUUCCUGCAGGCUCAGCUGCACCCCUCCAACUGUCUGGGUAUCCGUGGCUUCGCUGACCUACACACCUGCACUGCCCUGCUCAGCCAUGCACACGCAUACGCAGAGCAGCAUUUCUCGGAGGUAGUUCAGGGAGAGGAGUUCAUGGCACUCUCACUGCAGCAGGUCUGCAGUCUCAUCGCCAGCGACAAACUCACCGUGUCCUCAGAGGAAAAGGUGUUUGAGGCCAUGGUGGCCUGGAUUAAUCAUGAUAAGGAGGCUCGUUUGGAGCACAUGCCCAAACUUAUGGAGCAUGUCAGGCUGCCUCUGCUCUCCAGAGAUUACCUGGUCCAGAGGGUGGAGGAGGAGGCUCUCAUUAAGAAUAAUAACACCUGUAAGGACUUCCUGAUUGAGGCCAUGAAGUAUCACCUGCUCCCAGCAGACCAGCGCCACCUCAUCAAGACUGACCGGACACGACCACGCACACCCGUCAGUCUGCCAAAGGUGAUGAUCGUGGUGGGUGGACAGGCCCCAAAAGCCAUCCGGACGGUAGAGUGUUAUGACUUCCAGGAGGAGCGCUGGUACCAGGUAGCAGACCUGCCAUCCAGACGCUGCCGAGCAGGUGUGGUGUUUAUGGGGAGUCGUGUGUAUGCAGUGGGGGGGUUUAACGGAUCUCUGCGCGUGCGGACGGUGGACAUGUAUGAUGGCGGGCGUGACCAGUGGACAACUGUGGCCAGUAUGCAGGAGAGGCGCAGCACACUCGGAGCCGCCGUGCUGGGAGACCUGCUCUACGCCGUGGGAGGGUUCGACGGCAGCACAGGUCUGUCCUCUGUAGAGGCCUACAGCUGGAGGUCCAAUGACUGGACGUUUGUGGCCUCAAUGAACACCAGACGCAGCAGCGUCGGCGUGGGAGUGGUGGACGGUAAGCUGUAUGCAGUAGGAGGAUAUGAUGGUGCAUCUCGUCAGUGCCUGAGUACAGUAGAGGAGUUUGACCCUGUCAGGAACCAGUGGGUUUAUGUGGCCGACAUGAGCACCAGACGCAGUGGAGCAGGUGUGGGCGUGCUGGGGGGCCAGCUCUACGCGGCCGGGGGGCAUGACGGCCCACUGGUGAGGAAGAGCGUGGAGGUGUUUGACCCCCCCAGCAACACCUGGAGACAGGUGUGCGAUAUGAACAUGUGCCGCCGCAAUGCAGGUGUGUGUGCCAUUAAUGGGAUGCUGUACGUGGUCGGGGGAGACGACGGCUCCUGUAACCUCUCCUCUGUGGAGUUCUACAACCCAGCCGCAGACAAGUGGAGCCUACUGCCCAUCAACAUGGGCAAUGGACGGAGCUAUGCAGGUGUCUCAGUCAUUGACAAACCAUCAUGACAAUCAGCCCCCACCAUCAGUAACUUCCCUUGGACCAAUCACAAGAUAGACUGCAGUCCACCGGAGACCAUGAUGACCAAUCAGAAAACAGACUGCAACCACCUGGGGUCCACCUGGGGCAGUCAGGCAGAAGACUGUGACCCAGACACUGACUGAUUUACCCAUCAGCCCCUGCUGGUGCACGCCGCAUGCUGACCCAACCUCCAAUCCCUGACUGCGCUGUCUGGAGUGGCCCCACCCUCCCUGAGAUGGACGUACCCUUUCCUUCAAUCAGAGAAUGGCAUGUAGCUACGCUACGCCCCCUUCCUUGACACUGUGGACAGGUCAAAAGCAAGGGCAAAAGUCAGUUGACCACUUCAAGCGAAGCACAUUUUAAAUCACUUUAUUGAAGUUACAGAGGGAACUCACAAACUCCAAAGAACCAUUACUGAUGGAUUGCUAGUUCCCUUUGAUGGAGGAGUGGAUUAACAUCAUGUGAUGACUGAUGACUGGAGUUCAGAAAGUCCAUUGUGUGUGGAACAGGGUGGAGUGUUCCACGUGCAACCGUGCCAACCAGUUCCAUCUCUGCUCUACUACUGAUUCUUUUGCCAUUUGGGGGAGCAGCAAGAAUUAUCUUGACCUCUCUCUACCUCCCAUCCUCCAACAGGAACCAUUCCCACCUCUCCUCCCCCAACCCCCAACAGGAAACAUCCUUCCCUCUCUUCCCCAUACUCAAACAGGAACCAUUCCAACCUCUCUACCCCCAUCCUCCAACAGGAACCAUUCCAACCUCUUACCCCACAUUCUCCAAUAGGAACCAUUCCAACUUCUCUACCCCAACCCUCCAAUAAGAACCAUCCUCACACUCCAACUUUAUGCUAUAGACCAGAAGCAGUGCCACCUCUGACACACAGGGAGCGCCAGUGAGCUGCUGUGUGUGUGUGUGUGUGCGUGUGUGUGUGUGUGUGAAUGUGCAACCAAAUAGGCAGACAGCAAUCUAAACCUAUUCUCACUUUCAGGAAUACAGUCAAGCACUUCUCUCUCUCUCUCUCUUCUCUCUCUUCUCUCUCUCUCUCUCUCUCUCUCUCUCUCUCUCUCUCUCUCUCUCUCUCUCUCUCAAUAUCCUUCCUUUAUUCUUUGUUUCCUUCCUUUAUUCUCCCCUCUUCCUGUCUCUCUCUGUCUCUCUCUGUCUCUCUCUUUCUCUACGUUCUCCUGUGUGUUGGUGAUGAGCUCUUUGUGUGAUGCUCACCGUUGAAACACAACUGCAAAAGAGAUUUGUGUGCCAGUCUGACUGAUGGAACAGAGAUAAUAAUCUGUUCUGUUCUGUAGUAGCUGUCUGAGAUGUGUCUCAGACGUGUCCAGUAUUUAUCCCGGAUGUCUCAGUGAUGUCUCGUAGAUUGAUCUGCCUGUAAUGAGGCCUGAGGAGGAGGACGUGCCAAGCCAACUCUACAUUAAUCCUUAAGGAUGUGAUGAGACACUGACCAGCCCAGUGGAUCUCGGCAUGGCUGUGGCUUUACUCUGUCAUAUUAUAUCAUGAUCUGGGGAUGAACUGGCCCCCUCGGAUGUAACACCACGCUGAGAGAUUGACCUGGCUAUGCUGUGCGGGGCUCCAUUGCUGGUCAUCGGAGACCCGUCAGACUCACGUUCACAGACUCUCACAGCGUGAAACCAGCCCCUCCUGAGUCCUCUGGUGGAAGGUGAACUACAGGGUUUCUGAGGGAUGGGAGCAGGGGGCUCAUCUCUUCUCAACAGUGUCAAUGUUAAGCACAUGUCUUUGUGUGUGUCACAAGCAUAUAUUCCAUAUGAUUGCAAAAGAAUUGUUUACUUUUUUGCCUUAGAGGUCCAGUCUCUCUAGUCUCCGUUGGAGUUCUUGAAAUAUACAAUGCAUUUGUAGAGUUGCCAUGGUUAUUAUGAUAUACAUAUGAAAGGACAUGACCGCUUAACCCCUUUUUGUAAUGUUUUAUAACGUCCCCACCCAGCUGGUCAGAAAUAAUGCACAAUAGCGUCGUGUCUGGAGUCCACUUGAGCACUGAGUGAAUGAAAUAGUAAAUUUGCGAUUUUGUAAUCCUCUAAUCCUCUUGUGUAGCACAGUAGUUUAGCAAAUGUUCAUUACAGGUUAGCUGCCAACAAUGACCUGACUUACUCCAAGCACAAAAACAACAAAGCUUUGGCUUCUACUUUUCUGUUUUCUGCCACCAGAGAGAUUGAAUGAGUUAAAAACUACUCUUCACAGUAUCGCUAAUCUGUUGGAUUGUGCCAGCCAGGUGGAAGAGCCUGUUACCAACGAGCUCGCGUUCACAAAAUAAAUUAAGGAUAAGAGCCUGUUGACUGUAUCAUAUGCAUUUACAAAUGAAGAUUACGUGAACAUAUCCUAAUUGUGUAUGGGGCACUUUGGUGUGGUCACCCGCUAAAACUUUUGCGACCCAUGAAUGAUGUACCCUGUCACGUAUGCAUAUGGAAUGUACAUAAUCAUGGAGAAGAAAGUCUGUUAACGGCAAGUUAGCUCAAGAAAAUGAGGACCAUGCAGUCAGUGCGAUUGAAGCGAUGGCUACAGAAUACACUAAGUGGCUGUGGACUUAGUCAGAUAGCGGGGGGGGGGGCACUCUGCCCGGUGUUCUGGUAUUUUACGCAAGAAGGUUUGAUGACCAGGUCUCUGACUAUGCACAUCCUGCAAGUGGCGUCAUGUUGGUGCUGAUGGCAGUCACACGCCUGUUUCACACUACGGAAGACAUUUGACCUGCUCACCUGGGUUGUUCAAUUGUACAGUGUAGUUGAUGCUCAACAGAUGUUUUAACUGUAUCUAUACGAAAUGUGUUGAAGGAAAUAAAGAAAUGUACUGCUGUC